AUGUACUUUACGUCGGCUAUGAAGUACACAAGGCUACCACCGUCUGCUACUCUAAGCAGGAAGGAGCCCAGGUCCAAGAACAUUUAUCUGCGUGCUCUUUCUGACUUCUACACAAAGGUGGCCAGCAACAGCUCUGUGCUUGCAAUCAAGAAGAUCUCCAAGAGGCUGAAGAUGUCAAAGUCUGACAGGCAGCCGGUCAAGAUCUCGAAGAUUGUCAGCGAGAUCGGGGAGUCAAAGGAUAAGGUUGCAGUUGUAGUUGCAAAGGUUCUUGAUGACGAUGAGGUUAUGGUAAUUCCAGCUGUCAAGGUUGUUGCUCUUCAAUGGUCAAAGGGAGUGAAGGAGAAGAUUGAGAGGUAUGGAGGGACCAUAGGGACUCUUGACCAAUUGUUUGAGCUUUGUCCAAACAUGGAUGACAUAUGCCUGGUUUCAACGAACAAAUUUUCCAGGAGAUCUGCCAAGUUUUGGGGGCCUGCGCCUGGAGAAAAGGGCUCUACUACUUAUCCAAGGGCAAACCAGAAGUGCCACAACCGUGAGAAGCGUAUCAUGAUGAGGGGAAGAAAGUCCCAGCAUCUAAAAAGGCAGGUAGUGAAUAAAGCAACUUAA